GGCGAAUUCGCCCUGAAAGGCCUGAAUCGCCUCAAGACUUGUAACAUGAGUACGAGCGCGAUAGCCAACAAGAUGUCGAGGUCAGCAGCGAUCGGGCGGGUGAAUCAGCCGAUUCGAUCGCUGUCGGUUGCAUCGACGAGCAGAGGUGCUCAAGCGCGACCAUCGAGCACUCAGAGACGAGGGCUGGCGACUGUCCAGAACCCACCUAGCCAGCAAUCCACACCGCCACCUCGUAAGAGUAGUCACGGUGGCCUGAAAGAUCAGGAUCGUAUCUUCACGAACGCCUACAUGUCCGGCGAUCAUGGCUUGAAGGCCGCAAAGUCAAGAGGUGACUGGCACAAGACGAAGGAGAUCAUAUUGAAGGGCGAUUCAUGGCUCAUUCAGCAGAUCAAGGACUCUGGGCUUCGAGGACGCGGUGGCGCUGGUUUCCCAUCCGGGCUCAAAUGGAGCUUCAUGAACAAGCCAGGAUGGAAGGAAGCCGGUCAAGGCCGGCCCCGCUACCUUGUCGUCAACGCCGAUGAGGGCGAGCCCGGCACCUGCAAGGAUCGUGAGAUCAUGCGUGGCGAUCCUCACAAGCUCGUCGAGGGGUGUCUCGUCGCUGGUCGUGCUAUGAACACUACUGCAGCGUAUAUCUACAUCAGAGGCGAGUUCUACCUCGAAGCGGCCCAUCUCCAGCAAGCGAUCCAGGAGGCCUACAAGGAUGGCUUGAUCGGCAAGAAUGCCUGCGGAUCGGGCUAUGACUUUGACGUCUACCUGCAUCGCGGCGCCGGCGCAUACAUCUGUGGCGAAGAGACUGCAUUGAUCGAAUCACUCGAGGGCAAGCAAGGCAAGCCCAGGCUGAAGCCACCUUUCCCUGCCGAUGUCGGUCUCUUCGGUUGCCCAACGACUGUAGCAAAUGUCGAGACUGUCGCAGUAGCGCCAACCAUCAUCCGGCGAGGAGCUGCCUGGUUCAACUCGUUCGGCCGCGAGCGCAAUUCCGGCACGAAGCUUUUCUGCAUUUCAGGUCAUGUCAACAAGCCCUGCGUCGUCGAAGAGGAGAUGUCGAUCCCGCUCAGAGAACUGAUCGAGAAGCAUUGCGGCGGUGUCAUCGGCGGAUGGGACAAUCUGCUCGGCAUCACACCGGGCGGCAGCUCAGUACCGGUCUUGCGCCGGGACGAUUCCGAGAAGGCUCUGAUGGACUUUGACUCGCUGCGCGAUCUUCAGUCCGGCCUCGGUACAGGUGCCGUUAUCGUCAUGAACAAGUCGACCGACAUCAUCGAGGCUAUCGCUCGGUACGCCAAAUUCUACAAGCACGAGUCGUGCGGGCAGUGCACACCCUGCCGAGAGGGCACGACAUGGAUGGACAAGAUGAUGGAGCGCUUCGUGCGCGGUCAAGCUCACGAACGUGAGAUCGAUCAACUACAGGAAUUGACUAAGCAGAUCGAGGGCCACUCGAUUUGCGCGCUUGGCGAUGCUGCCGCUUGGCCGGUACAGUCGCUCAUCAAGUCCUUCCGACCAGAGAUGCUCGAGCGUAUCGCUCAGUUCAGAGCGGCAAACGGCCAAGUGUUACUGGGUGGUCAUCUCUUGAAGGACCAGGACCCAUCGCUGCCCAUGUCAGACCACCUCGCAAUCUCGUCUGCGCUACAGCAGCAGCAAUGAGCGCCUUUUGUAGAUUGUACCAUGCAUGCCUCUAGAAGAUCGAAUGAAGCCGGCC